AACCACCAGAGAAAACAAAACAAAAAGAAGUAGCCACUUUUGAGAUAAUUUCUGCAAAAUCCAGCAAAGAAGAAGAAGAAGACACGACGCCAUUUUUUUAUUUUAAUCCUAAAAGUUGACGAAGACGAAGAACCUUGAUUAGGUAAUGGGAGAAUCGAAACCACCGAUGAGUUCUUUAGGAGGAGAAGACGAGUGCUUGAGUUGGGCUGCACGAGAUCCAUCUGGUCUCCUCUCUCCUCACACCUUCACACGCAGAUCUGUUGCAAGUGAUGACGUUUCACUAAAAAUCACACACUGUGGUGUCUGUUACGCUGACGUCAUCUGGACAAGAAACAAACACGGUGACUCUAAGUACCCUUUGGUUCCUGGGCAUGAGAUUGCUGGAAUAGUGAGUAAGGUUGGAUCUAAUGUUACUCGGUUCAAAGUUGGAGACCAUGUUGGUGUUGGCACGUAUGUUAACUCCUGCAGGGAGUGUGAUUACUGCGAAGAAGGACAAGAGGUCAGCUGUGUGAAAGGGCAAGUUUUCACUUUCAAUGGCGUUGAUUACGAUGGCUCUGUUACUAAAGGAGGCUACUCCAGCCAUAUUGUUGUUCACGAGAGGUACUGCUACAAGAUACCUGUGGACUAUCCUUUGGAAUCAGCUGCGCCGUUGCUAUGCGCUGGAGUCACUGUUUAUGCGCCCAUGAUGCGUCACGGUAUGAAUCAGCCUGGUAAAUCUCUAGGGGUGAUUGGACUCGGUGGGCUUGGUCACAUGGCGGUUAAGUUUGGUAAGGCUUUUGGACUUGAUGUGACGGUGUUCAGCACUAGCAUUUCCAAGAAAGAGGAGGCUUUGAAUCUGCUGGGAGCUAACAACUUCGUUAUCUCAUCUGAUCUUGACCAAAUGAAGGCACUAGCGAAAUCUCUAGACUUUAUCAUUGACACAGCAUCUGGUGAUCACGCGUUUGAUCCUUACAUGUCGCUUUUGAAGAUUGCUGGAACUUAUGUCCUGGUUGGUUUCCCAAGUGAGAUUAAAAUCCAGCCUGCCACUCUCAACCUUGGUAUGAGAGUGCUUGCGGGAAGCGUGAGUGGAGGUACCAAGGUGACUCAGGAGAUGUUAGAUUUCUGUGCAGCUCAUAAGAUUUAUCCGAACAUUGAGGUGAUUCCCAUUCAAAAGGCAAACGAAGCUCUUGAAAGGGUUGUGAACAAGGACAUCAAGUACCGUUUUGUUAUUGAUAUCGAGAAUUCUCUGAAAUAGAGAGAACAUAAGAGAUGUUGAGAGUCUUAAUAAAAGAACAGCUCUAUGAGUUGUGAAGAAGAGAGGACUAAAGAAUCCUUGGUCUCGUUUAUAAACCUGAUAUUCACAAAGCACAACAUUGAAGUGAUUUUUCUGUGAUGGAAGAUGGAAGUCAAUAAUAAGAAUUUGUUUUAAGGCUUGUA